UUUGUCAUAUAUGUAACUUCUGUGAUCACAGUUUGUGUAUUUUUAGGUCGUUGAUUUGUCUUCAUUAUUUAAAGAGAGGUGGAUUUAUAGUGCCUAUUAUUUAAAUGUUAAUGCAAGAAUGAUGUUGAGGACGAUUGUAGGAUAGGUAAUUUCUGUGGGACAAUGCUAGUUAACAUUUUAAUGUAUUAAAUUUUUUUAACCAUAUUUGAAUUUAGAAAAGGCCUUUCUUCUCAAAAUUAAUUUAGCUGGGGUAUUGGUAACAGUACGUAUCAUAAUUUAAUGAUAUUACUGGAGUUUUUAAUGGCGUGUAAUUUGGAAGCAAUUUGAUAGAUAUUAUUUGUAUUGUCCUUUCACACAUUCAGACAAAUGCUACCCAAGUGUUAAACUUUAUAAAAUCCUCAAAACUUAAAAAAAAAAAAGUUCACCUUUAUGAAAAUAAGAAAGUUAAUAGUAUUUAAACUUGCUAACAUUUUCAACGAAGAUAACGUUCAAACAAUAUUAUUGGUAGGCCCAAGUCUUUUCUGAGGAGUGCAAGUAAUCCAAGAUAUCCACAUUCUGAAAAGUCAAGGAAAAGUGAGGGAAACAAGGAUUUAAGAUGACUCAAAAUGAGUCAUUAAUUUCAUAAUGGGAUUCUAAUGAAAAAAUCAUCAUGAGUGAUGAAUCAAGUUGCGAAUUGAUGUCAGCAUCACAAGACACCAGUGAGGAAGAGGAUGUUAAACCUAAAGAUAAGUCUUUAAAAAAAAAGAAGUUUAGAAAACCUAAACUUGAUUACAAAUUGCUUUCUAUUGAAGAAACUGAAGAGGAAGUAAAAUACAGAAGAAAAUUAUUUCGUGAUAUUGAUGAUGUCCUUAAUGCAGAUUUGAAAUGCACCUCUUGCAGCAAAAACCUUAUUGGUAUCAUCAAAAGUGGCCAGAAUGUCUUCAGGCAUUUGACAUUAGAUGUGCUGCUUUGCAAGAAGUGUUUUGACUUCUUUGGUGAUGGGGAGUUCUCCGCAGAUGAAGAUGGCACAGACAAGUACUGCCGUUGGUGCGGGCAAGGCGGCACUCUGUACUGUUGUUCAAAGUGCCCUUGUGCAUUCUGCAAGUCCUGCAUCAAGCGGAACAUGAGCGCUUCAGUGCUGGUCGAUCUGGAGCAGGAGGACUGGCUGUGCCUCAUCUGCAACAGCCGGCCACUGUGGAGGCUGAGGGGAACAUGUGCAGCGGCCCUCAAGUACGUCAUUCGGCAGAAGAGGUUACUUUCUGAGAAGCGUAAACAAACCUUGAUGAAGUUGGAAGAGAAGAAGAAAAUGCCACAAAAGAGGAGGACUAUAAAGAGAAGAGACAGUAGUUCUGACUUUGAGUCGAGAGAUGGCACACCUGAAGCAAGUUGCUCUGGCCUUCAGACCAGGAAUCAUGUGGAAACCAAAGAGAAUGGAAGAUCGGUGAGAAACUGUGUUCGUAAAUCAUCAAAAGUGAGAAUUGAAGGUAAUGAGGCUGAAGUAAGUGAAGUAAGCUGUGAUGAACAAGAAAAAGGAAGUAAAGAGAAAGAAGGAAAUCGGAAGACUUGUGAUGCAUCUCGGGAAACUGAUCUGUUGUUGAAUAGUCAAACUUCGUUACAUAAUGAUGACUUGGAUGAUAAUAUGCCAGAAAUGUGUGAUGAAAAAAUGUCAAACAAAGCACUACUGUGGCUUCAAGACACAGUUGCUGAUAUUUGCGAUGUUAUGAAAGAUGUAGAUGAAGACAUUAAGACUCUUAGUGAGAAGAAGAUUAAACUAAAAAAUGCUAAAAAACCUGUGAAAGUUUCACGACUUGUAAACUACUUCCACAAAAUAUGCCAGAAACUGAGGAGCGACUUGGACAGUGUCGAAUCUGACUUGGAUCUUUGCCAUGAUCACUGGAAGAAAAAUGUUGUGAAGAGGGAAAAGAAGAGGAAUCAUCUAGCCAAAAGUUCACCAGUUGCAGUUGAAAGUGAUAGAACAUUGGAAAAGAAUGAUGACCAAGACAUAUCAAAGGUUAAGAGUAAGUCUUCAUGCACUAGCAUUGCAGCAGAUGAUGCGAUGCUGGAUAAAGGAGGUGGUAGUGACUGUAAAGUGUCUAGAAACAAUGAGCAGGAAACAGAUGAAUGCAAACUAGACCAUGCUAGUGAAGCGAAAGGAGUCUGUGAAAGUGAAUCGGAAACAGUCCAUGCCAGUGAAGCAGACACAGUUCAAGCUGUUGUGGAGGCGUUACCAUCUGUAGACGACAUAACUGGGAACUCACCCUCUACUUCGGAUGUUGAAGGCAUUGCAAGUAAGUUGGUAAAUUACACGUCAAAAGCAAACGGUAACGGCUCUGAUGGGAAAAUAAAUUCCAAGUCGAUGAGCUGUCAGUCUAGUGGAAUUGAUACUGAUGAUGAAGUUGAAUCUGUGGUUAUAGGCGAAACGCUGGGUGGCAUUUGUGGAGUUGAACACGACAAACAGUCUGAAGAUCACGGAGGGGACGGAAAGAAACUAGAUCAAUUUGUAAAUCCUUUAGAUAAUCCUUUAGAUAGAAAAAAAUUGUCAGAGGCUAAGAACAUGGCUAACAGUUUUGACGGUAGUCAAUCUGAAGUUCUUGAAGCUGAAGGGAAUCGAUCUGAGCAAAUGGAAGGUGCUGAAGUUGAAGUGGGGUGUCUAGAAGGAUCUGUCACUGAUAAAGAUGAUGUGGAUACAACUCCACUUAAUCCUUGUAAAGACAAUGAUAAAGUGACAAAAGCAAAUGUUACAUGUGAUAACUUGAACGAAUCUUCGGAUAUAUUUUUAGAUUUUGAUAAUUCAGAGGAAAAUGCAGAUAUUGUGAAAGGUACUAUUCCAGAGGUGGUUGAAAAAUCAAAAAAUGGAAACAAAGACAAAUCGGCAGAAUGUGAUGAUGAUGAUAGAAACAGUGUUUGUACCUUUGAAGUUCUAAGUGAAAGUGCAGAGGAUAAUGUAGUUGGCCAUUCUGAAGCACCCAAUAUGAAAGGAGAAAAUUCUGUUGAGAAAGAAAUUGAAAUAAAAAAACCAUUGAUAUUUGUGAGGAAAGAUCUUAUGGCAAAUGAUUCUAAAAGUUUGGAUGAUAAACUGGAGGUUAAGGAUGAUAGUGAUAAAGUUGUUGAUGAAACAGCCUUGGUUAACGGUCAGCUACUCACACGUAAAGAGAGGUCUGUAAUUAUUCCAAAGAAAGAUAUUUCUCUCACUGAAGAAGCAGUUAAAGCAAGACAGGCACUCCUGGAUUGCAGUACAGGUGAUGAUGAGAGCGAUGAAUCUCAGAAGUCAUCUAAGAAAAGAAAGAGGAAGAAAGUGAUAGCUUUAAUGAAAAUUGGUUGUCACAAAAUUGAUGUCAAACCAAACCGAGUAAGACGGCCCGGGCCAGCUAGUAAAGUGAAACGAAUAACUGAAAGUGAUACAGACUCUGAUGUCCUGGACUCUGAUGAGGAAGAUAAACCUACAAAGUCCUUAAAGAAAAUAAAAGCAGCAAAGUGCAAGCAUGAUUGUCUAAGUGCUUAUGAAAAUGAUACAAAAUUAAAAUUAAAAGCAGAAGUAGCAGUUCAGAGGUUGCCUAAAACUGAAGAUGAAAAGUACAAAUCAAAAUUUCUCAAUGCUGUUGAAAGUAGUGAAGAAGUCAUAGAGAAUGAAGAAAGGCCAACGGAUGAGCAGUCGACAUGUGAGAAAGAAGUUGAUAGGCUAUGUAAUCUUAAGUUGCUGAAAAGGAGUAGAAACAAGGAUUCUUCGUCAUGCAGUGGGGAGGAGGUGACACCUCAGAAGAAAAAGAUAAAAAAAAAGAAACUUGACAAAGUGAAGAAUGAUGAUAGUCCUGAAGGCAGUAAAAAAUCUCUCUCAGAUGUUGAUGAUGAUACCGUUUUCUCGGACACUCAAGGAUCAGAGAGGCAACUUGCGAGACAGGAACCAAUCUGCACAGUCACAGAAAAUGACAUGGCUAAGAAGCUGCUCCUUGAUAUGUCUUCGUCAGAUGAGAGUGGGGAACUUACUGAAGAAGAAAAUACUGCCAAAACAAAAAAAUCUAAAAAAGGUAAACAAGUAUUGGAGAACAAAAAUGAAAACGUGGAAGGUAAUGAAGGUGUUGAAAAAAAUCCUGAAUCUCCUGAUAAUGUAGAUGUAGUUAAUGGAGUUAAGGUUGAAGAUGAUUCUCUUGAUAAAGUUGAGAAAUCUAACAGUAUUGAAAGUAAUGAUAUUGAUGAGAAGAAGGAAAAUGAAAGUGAAGAUGAGAAAAGUGUUGACAAGGCUGAAAAGAAGGAAGUGAGUGCUGAAAAUGUUGAAAAUACCAAAAAAGUGGGGGAAAGUGAUAAUGAUUCAUCUGAUUCUGACACCAAGGUGGUGAAAAAAAAGUCUUGGCGUCGUGAUAAGCUUUUGUCUGGCAAGCUUUCGCUGACUGACUCUAGUGAAGAGGAGAGGUGCUGGGAAAAAAAUAAGGCGAAACGAGAGGCAAAAUUAGAAAAUGAAUCAGAUGGACAAGACAGUACUGAAUCAAAACCAAGGAUCAAAAAAAAAGCACGAAAGGUUUUGGGAUCUGACUCGGAUGACUUCAAACCAGUUAGCAAUGAUUCUUCCUCCGACUCCGAUUUUGUGUCGACAAAGAAGAGGCAGAGAGGGAAAAACAAUUCGGAUUCUGAUAGUGUGAAAACUAUCGAUAGUGACUCUUCUAGCAAGAAGAGUAAACAAAAACGAAAGCGAAUCAAACGACCUAGAAGUGACUCGUCGGAUAGUGAUGGUCUGGAAACAAGUCAGAGGUCUGAGGGUCAGGGAAAAGGUCGCAAAAACAUCAGACGUGUGAUCAAGGAUGAUGAUGUCGGAGAAGCAACUCGCAGAGCUGCAAGAGAAGAGGAUGAGAGGCGGAAGAGAAUAGCAGAAAAACAAAAAGUGUACAAUGAACUCUAUGAUUUACCGGAAAGCUUUGAAGCACUAGACAAACUGGUUUUGGAUUUUGACCCAGAAACCAAAGAAGAACUAGUAAGUGUCCAUCCAAAAUUGGUUGCGAAACUGAAACCUCAUCAGGUGAAGGGUGUCAAAUUUAUGUGGGAUGCAUGUUUUGAGUCCGUCCGACAAAUCAAGAAAAGUAAAGGAACGGGUUGUAUUCUUGCACAUUGCAUGGGACUUGGAAAAACAUUUCAGGUUGUGACGUUAGCACACACUGUGCUGACGAACAAGGCGACCAAGGUGAAAACUAUCCUAGUAGUGGUUCCGAAGAGCACUGUGCUCAACUGGAUAUCUGAGUUCAAACUCUGGCUCAAAGACACGAAAAGCAAAUUCAUGAUAAAUGAUUUAUCUAAGACCAAGAAGUACAAGCCCCGGAUGUUGGACUUGUGGGACUGGCACUCGAAGGGUGGCAUUAUGGUGCUGAGCUACGAAAUGUUCCGUGACCUCGUACUGCUGGGGCCACAGAAGCUGCGCAGGAAGGGAGAUGCCGACAAGCUUCAUGAAGCGCUUUUGGACCCAGGCCCAGAUUUGGUUGUGUGUGAUGAAGGUCAUCUGUUAAAAAAUGAAACGACCAAAAUCUCCAAAGCAAUGACGAAGAUAGGAACGCUGAGGCGCAUUGUGCUCACUGGAACACCGCUUCAAAAUAAUCUUGCAGAAUAUCAUUGCAUGGUGCAGUUUGUGAAACCAAAUCUCCUCGGAACACGUAAAGAAUUCCAGAAUCGGUUUGUGAAUCCAAUAAUUAAUGGUUCCUAUGUGGAUUCCAAUGCACAUGAUGUGAAGGUCAUGAAAAGGCGUGCACAUGUGUUGCACAAAAUGUUGGAAGGGUCAAUACAGAGAUUUGAUUACGCAGUAUUGACACCAUAUCUUCCUCCCAAGCAAGAGUAUGCCAUUUUCAUACGCCUGACGGAGCUGCAGAUUAAGCUCUACCAGUAUUAUCUCGACCACAACGCACCCGAUGGCAAAGCAAAAACUGCAAAGCUUUUUACAGAUUUUCACAUCAUCCAGAGGAUCUGCACCCAUCCUAGAGUUUUGCAAAUGAAUUUUGAGAAGAAUGAGAAGACUGCUGAAAAAAAGCGGUUUUUGAAGUCAGACUCUGAAGGUUCAUUGAAAAACUUUAUUGAUGAUGGAAAUACAUCCGAAUCAGACGUCAAAUCAACAAGCUCCUCGGAUUCUGAUGUUGUUUGCGUCGAGGAUGGGGAGAAAAAAGACAACCCAACAAAACGACCUGGCACUCGAAGAACUCGUCAGAAUCCAGAAGUGAGCGACAGCGAGCCGGAGGUGGAGGAAGAAGUGAAGACGUACCAAGAGUGGUGGCAGCCGUUGAUAGAGGACGACAAGGCGUUCUCGAAUCUGGCCGAGAGCGGGAAGCUGCUCUUGCUGUUUUCCAUCCUGCGAGAGUGUGAGAAGAUAGGAGAUAAAGUCUUGGUGUUCAGCCAGUCCCUGUUUUCUCUGGACCUGAUAGAGUACUUCCUUCACCAGAUAGAUGAAGCUUCGCAAGCUGGCACCGUGGGUGACUUGUUAUGCAACCAUUCAGGCUCGUGGUCUCCUGGCCUCGAUUACUUUCGUUUCGAUGGUGGAACGUCUCUGGACAAUCGCAGCUACUUUUGCAAAGCCUUCAACAAUGAAGAAAAUCUCAGGGCUCGGCUCUUCCUAAUAUCCACCAAAGCUGGUGGCUUGGGGAUAAACUUGUUUGGAGCAAACAGAGUCAUCAUAUUUGAUGCUUCUUGGAAUCCUUCUCACGAUGUCCAAAGUAUCUUCAGGGUGUACCGUUUUGGACAGAAGAAACCAUGCUACAUAUACAGAUUUCUGGCUAAGGGUACGAUGGAAGAGAAGAUCUACGACCGGCAGGUGACGAAGCUGUCCUUGUCAUGUCGGGUUGUUGACGAGCAGCAGAUAGAGAGGCACUACAACAUGGCAGACCUGCAGGAGCUGUACAACUUCAAUCCCGAGCCGUCCACCACAUCCACGCCCAUGCUCCCUAAGGAUCGUUUGCUGGCAGAACUGCUGAAGGAACACGAGAAGAUCAUAGAGACGUACCAUGAACACGACUCUCUGCUGGAGAACAAAGAAGAGGAGGAGUUGAAUGAAGAGGAGAGGAAGGCAGCAUGGGAUGAUUAUGAAAAUGAAAAGAAGGGCAAGCCUCCGCAAGGUAUGGGAAUGGGAAUGGGACUGAAUCAGGUUGACUCAGUGGCUCUUAAAGAAGCAAUUCGAAAGGAGAAUCCUGCGCUGACUGAACAAGAGUUGGAUGUGAAAUUCGCGGAAACUUGGCAGCGAAUUGCUGCCUACAUGAGACAGAUGCAGCUCCAAAAAACUGUCCAGCAGAACCUUAUGUACCAGCAGCAGAUAAGGAACAACUACAACUAUCAGCAGGCACCGCAGGUUAUGAAAACCACGCCGGUGCUCCACAACAUUGCCACGAAGCAGAACUAUCCCGUGAUCAACAUGAGCCAUGGCAGCAUGUAUGCCAAGCAGUACACACCAGCAGCCGGGGGCUACGCCUACACCACCUACGGGGCCAACUUGCCGAAAGGAUCCACUGCUACAGCACUGAACUCUCAGAUGAUGCAGCAGCCAUCGAGCUCCAAAACUUUGCCCAAAGUGGAUGCCUCUCACAAGCCAGUGUACCUGAACCCUGCAUCCACCCGCAAAGGGUACAACAUGGCAGUGGGCACACCCAGAGAAUAUCCAGGCCCUAAAGGAGCUGCAGGGAAAAUGUUAAACAAGAAACAGAAUGCUGCGAAGCCUCCGGUGAAUAGUGAUGACAUAGAAACGAUAGACUGAGAGAGGACGUCUGAAGACAGCCAGAAUUAUUUAAUUGAGCAAUCAAAUAGACAAUUGAUUUCUCGUGUGUAAAUAAGUGGAUGGCGUUGAUGAAGAGGGGACUGUGUACAUACUGGUUCACUAAGUUUGGCUCGAAAGAGUGGUUGUGAAGCAUGUAAUGAAUGUGGUUACAUCCGACACUUCACAGUUAUUCCAGAUUACGUGUUUUAGUGGGUUGUCAUUGUUGUGUGUUUUUGUACAAAUUAAGAUUUUUGACUGUGAAAGAAUUAUGGAGGUAUAUAGUAAUACAAAGGAGUUCUUCUUACAGGAAUAGGACAAUUUACUGUGCAUUUACACUUGUACUCAAUGUCAAUAUUUGUAAUAGAACAAAUGGUGUAGUUCAUUAAGCUGCAGUGAUCUUGCUGAUCUGGCCCAAAUACAAAUAGAGAAAAAUCUGUUUUAGUGGGACAUUUCCAUUCUAAAGUAACAUUUUUAUAAUUGUCGCCCCUUUGUGUUCGUAAACCAUGAAAACCUGUACUAUACAGCAAGAAAAAUAUGUCGAAUAAAUUACUCCUAAUCAGAUAGAAAUUUUUUGCUGGUCUACAGAACAGUUCCAGAACCUGUAUUUUUAUAAAGUUUGUGCAAGUAUCGAAAAUUGUUAUGCAAUGAUAUUUAAUCCUUCUGCUAAAAUAUAAAUGCACAUUUUCCCAUUAUUUGUUUAUUUUAAUAUUUAAUACUCUCUAUAUCUGUGAUGAUAUUAGUAUACAUUAGGUGAUCAAGUCAUAAAAUUUUGUUUUUAUACAUACUUUACUAUUAUUUUUUAUUUGUGGUGUUGUGUAAAAUAUUUAAAAUUUUGCUGUAGUUAGUGUGAGAAACUUCCAGAAUAUUAACAGUUUAGUUCUACGUGAAAGUUGAGACAGCUAUGAAAUGUUGUUUCAUAUCUUAUUAAAUGGCCAAAGUUAUUUGUUUUUAACUUUUUUUUCAAUAGUAAGCUCUUGUUAGUGGAAUACAUUUUUAAUAUUGUGGUAUAAAAAAUUUUUUUAAUAAAUCAAAAGCAAAACA